UGUGUUUUUGAAAGCUAACCUAUGUUUUAAAGUUUUCUCACGAUUUUUAUGCACUUUUAUUUAUCUGGGACGAUAAAAUGACAAUAUUUGGAACAUAAUUAAUAAAAUUAAGCAUGAUGGAAGUCGAAGGAUAUCCAGGGCUUAUUAAAACUAUACACGAAGGGGAAGAAAUUGAAGAUUUUUCGGAAGAAUCUGAUGUUGAGCAGGAGUAUCAACCGUCCAAGCAGAAAGUGAAGAGAAAAGCAGAUUUUGAUCCCAAAUUUAAAUUUGUAUCCUCAGUUGAAGAAUAUAACAAGAAUACAUGGGACGACUUACAAAAGUACAUAAAGAGAAAUGUGAAACAGACUCUUGAUGAGAAGAUAGCUAAACGUAGGGCACAGGUUCAAGUUGAUGGUGCUGAUCUUGACACCGAUUCAGAGGUUGAAGAUCAAGGUAGUGACGAACUAGAGAUAUCAGAUGAUGAACUAAAGAAGGACGAAAUCAAAACUAAGGAAAAGAAAUUGGGUAAAAAACAGAAACUGAAACAGGAAUUAAAAGAAGAAGAAUCACAAGGCGCAACAGUGCAAUAUGAUGGUGAUUUCUUUGAAGACCCUCCGCCAUAUGAUGAAAAUGCAUCCUUCUAUAUGAUGAAUCUAUCCCGACCAUUGCUUAAAGCAAUUGGCACACUUAAUUAUGUACAUCCAACACCGAUACAGGCUGCAACUAUUCCUAUAGGACUAUUAGGUAAAGACAUAUGCGCGUGCGCAGCUACUGGUACAGGUAAAACGGCUGCAUACAUGUUACCUAUUUUGGAGCGACUUCUCUAUAAGACUGUGGGAGACAGAAUUACAAGGGUGCUUGUACUCGUUCCAACGAGAGAAUUGGGUGCUCAGGUACACACAGUGACGCGACAACUUACGCAGUUCACAUCGGUGACUGUGGGACUGUCUGUUGGUGGUUUAGACGUGAAAUAUCAAGAAAGUGUAUUACGUCGUAAUCCAGAUAUUGUAAUAGCGACGCCCGGUCGGUUGAUUGACCACAUAAGAAAUACACCAUCUUUUGGUUUGCAUUCUAUAGAAGUGCUGGUUUUGGAUGAAGCUGAUAGGAUGUUAGACGAAUACUUCGCUGAACAAAUGAAGGAAAUCAUUCGCCAAUGUUCACCAAAGCGACAGACCAUGUUGUUCUCGGCCACCAUGAGCGAGGAGGUCAAAGACUUGGCUGCGGUGUCUCUGAACAAACCGGUGAAAUUGUUCCUUGACUCUAAUAAAGAUGUCGCUUUCAAUUUGAGGCAGGAGUUUGUUCGUAUUCGUAAAGAGCGUGAAUCGGAUCGGGAAGCUAUACUUGCAGCGCUAGUGUGUCGGACGUUCAGAGAUAGAGCGGUGAUCUUCGUGCAGACUAAGAAGCAAGCGCAUAGGCUUCAUGUUGCCUUGGGAUUGCUUGGUGUUAAGGUAGCAGAACUCCACGGAGCUCUCAACCAGCCCCAACGUCUAGAUUCCCUCAAGCGGUUCAAAGAUGAGCUCGUGGAAGUGUUGGUAGCAACUGAUGUAGCAGCCAGAGGUCUGGAUAUCCCGGGGGUGAAGACGGUUAUCAAUUUUACCUUACCAGCUACGUUGGAGCAUUAUAUUCAUAGGGUGGGUAGAACAGCACGUGCAGGCCGUGCGGGCGUGUCCGUAUCGCUAGCGGGCGAAGGCGAACGUGCGCUAGUCAAAGCGAUAGUGAAGCGAGCGAAACGACCGGUCAAGUCGCGCCAAGUGCCACCAGAUAUAGUGGCCAAGUAUCGGGACAGGAUGGCCAAGUUGGAGCCGGAGAUUGCGGCAAUCCUCAACGAAGAGUACGCAGAGAAACAGUUAAAGAAAAUGGAGAAGCAGACAGAGAAGCUGGAAGGAGCUAUAAAGAAGGAGAAGCCGAAAGACGGGCCAAAAAUAGAGCCUCAGAGGAGAAGGGAGUGGUUCCAAACGCCAAAAGAGAAACGGGAGGAAAAAGAACGGCUGACGCUUACAAAACAUAUGGGAAAAGAUACACAAAAGGGUAAAGGCAAGAAGCGCAGACAUGACGAUGACUCGGAUGAUGACAGUCCCAAAAAGAAAAAGAGACAAACCAAACACACGCCUAAAGAUACGGCAGAAGAACGAGUACAAAGGGAAAUGGAGAAGGUUGCACUGCUACAAUCGAGAAUGGCGAAACGCAAGAAGAAACAGCCUAGAAUACGAGCGGUGGAAGACGACGACGACCGGCCAAGACAGAACAAAAAACAAGGCAAGCCCAAAAAGAAACAGAGCAAUUUUGCCAACGACCUUACAGACACGUCAAAGGCGUCAACCAAACGCUUACGUUAUGACGCUAAUAGAGUACAAAAGGGAAAACCUUUGCAAAACGGGAAACCUAUGCAAAAGGGAAAAGGAAAUGGUCCCAAAGGAAAGAAUAAACCGAAAGGCAAAAGUUUUGGUAAACCUCAAGGACCGAAACAGGGAGGGAAAAGAAAAUAAAGUAUUUUUUCGUAUUGA